GUUAGGGGGUCUUUAAGGGGUCGUUCAGGGUUCAGAGCGCGUUUCUGCGACGCUAACAAGUCUAAGAUCGUCAUCUUUCUUGUACAAAACAACAAAACGAAACAACCGUUCAGAUAAAAAGAAGUGAUCAAGUCAAGGCAGUAAAAAGUGGGCUGUGCUGUUUCUUUUCCUCGUGCUGAUUCAGGCUGGAUGAGGUAAGAAGGGGUGUGUACAUACAGCAGCUCCUCCAGCACGAGCUCAAAAGUCAUGAAACAGAGAGAGAGAGAGAACAGACCGAGAGAAAGAGAAAGAGAGAGAGAGAGAGAGAGAGAGAGAGAGAGAGCUUCAUCAAAGCCAUGGAUAAACCGACACGGACCUUUUCUUGGAAGUACCGCCUUUUCAGCGCACUGAGGGCUUUUAUACUCGGUGUCUUUCUCGCACGGGACGUUCUUCUGUCCUUCAGGGCGUUAUAACGCACGUUAUACACGUCAGCUCUGUCUUGUAAUAGCGACUUCCGGCCAUCACUCUUAAGGCGGGAAAAAAGCGCGGGCUUUGUGAGGAGAAAAAGUUCAUAAAGUUUGAGAAAUGACACAAAACAACAGCUGCCACUGGACGCAGACGGUGAAGCCGGACGGCGGGAGCCCGGAGAUCAGCGCCCUGAUGUUCGCCACCGGUGUGCUGGGCAACGUGCUAGCGUUAGUCCUGCUGGAGUUCCGGCGGCGACACCGCCGCUGUACCUUGUUUCGCGUCCUCGUGACGGCGCUCGUGGUGACGGACCUGGCUGGCACGUGCAUGAUUAGCCCGCUAGUGCAGGUGGCACACUACCUAAACACCUCGCUGGUGGGCAUGGGGGCCACGGACACGAAUAGCAGGGGUCCCGUUUGCGAGUACUUCGGGUUCACCAUGACCCUGUUCAGCCUCAGCACGCUAGCGCUCCUGCUAGCCAUGGCACUAGAGCGCUGCAUUGCCAUCGCUUGGCCCUAUGAAUACGGGCGCCGGGCGAGCGCCCGCUACGGCUUGGCAGCUGUGCCCACCAUCUACGCCCUCUCCGUGGCCUUCUGUGCCCUGCUCGCGGGUUUCGGCGACUACGUGCAGUACUGUCCAGGAACGUGGUGCUUCAUCGACAUGAACCCACAGGCCCGCGAGGACAAAGUGUUCGCCAUAAUUUAUGCCACACUCUUGCUGGCCAUGAUGAUCCUGGUGGUGGCUUGCAACUGCCUCGUGGUGUACCAGCUGGUGCUGAUGUACCGCCGGCGGGCGGGGAAGCGGGGCAGCACGGUGGUCCGAGGGAAAAAGGACAGGAGGCACUUCUCCUUGGCUGAGGAGGUGGAGCACCUCAUCCUGCUGGUCAUCAUGACGGUCAUAUUUGUCAUAUGCUCCCUGCCACUCAUGAUCCGUGUGUACAUCAACUCAUCAGCAGAGGAAAGUGAGAAGAGCCACAAGACCGACCUAAUCGCGCUGCGCUUCAUUUCCGUCAACUCCAUCAUCGACCCAUGGGUGUUCAUCAUCCUGAGCCCGUCGGUGCUGCGCUUUGUCUGGGGGGCGUUCUGCAAGGCCAGCAACAGGGGCACAUCCUACAGGACAUCUCUGGCCAAAGGCUCAGGCAGGGCGUUGGAGCAGUGCCAGAAUAACGCAAUUACAACAGAAAUCACCGAUCUUAACAAGUCUGCACAGAUGAUAUGACCUGUGACCUCCUGGGUGGCCUGUCCAGAUGGAGGACGUGCAGAAAAAUAUGAAUAUUCUCUCUAAAUGCUGAGCCAAACUGUGGGCUAAGCCUUGGAGUGACUCCCACAUACUCCUACAUGCUGAAUUAAGAAGUCCUGAGUAUGGCUAGGAGGGGGAUUUGGUGUGUUUGUUUUUUGGAAAGGCUAAUUUAGUCAGCACAUUUUGAUUGGCAAAGAGACAUGAAGUCUGGGGGGAGAGAACGAGGUCAAAAGAUGUUUCGAUGUACUUUUGAACCACUAGAGUCACUGUUGUUAAGAGCGAGAGCACAAUGGUGUCUGAAAGACUUCUAAAAAACCUCUAAAGAACUUGAAGAAUGUUCUAGGGGCGUGUUUAAUGGAUGUCCAUUCGAGAAAGGCCUACAAACCUCUACUUCUGAGAAACACUCGUGACGUGGAGUUUCAGUUUCCUGACAUAUGAUCGCACUCAUUUUUUAAUUUGCAUGAGUUGCGGUUUUACGACAUAAAUAAGGUGAGCUAUGUGAGUUCAAGCCGUAUUUCAAUGCUCUGCUAUAACUUUCCAAAAGUGUUUGGAAAUAUUUCAAAGUGGGCGGCAAGACUUCAUCAUCUACUUUAAGGUGCACCCAUUUCAGGUGUCUCCAUAGAAAAGCACUGACCAAUAGAAUGGGACGUUCUGGAGGAGCCUCACAUGAUCCAAAGGUCAUCACGUCCAAUCCCAAGCGUGGGCUAAAGGGGUAUGAAGCCCGCCAACACUGAGCUGCGUUCAGUGGAGUGAUGGAGCUCCAUCCAGUACCUUUGGGAUGAGUUGGAGUGAUCCAGAACUGACCAUCCAACAUCAGUACCUGACCUCACUAAUGCUCAACCAAAUCCUCACAGCAAUGUUCCAACAUCUGGUGAAAAGCCUUCCCAGAAGAGUAGAGGCUGUUACUGCAGCAAAGAGGGACAAACUCACUAUUAAAACCCUUCAUUUCAGGAGAAACAUCAGAGGAGCAGGUGUCUACAAACUUCUGGACACAUAGUUUCCAAGCCCAUGUGUUUCUUAAUAGUGAAGUCCUUCUCAUUUAUGCCUGGAGACCAUCAGAAAAAGGCACAUGAACCUCUCUUUCUGAAAGAGACUCAUCAUGCUAGUGUUUUAGGUUGAGCCAGAUGCUGUUCUACAAAGCUUUUGGACAUUUUGUUCCACAGCACCUCCUACGUUGCCUCUUUUAUAACCCAUAAAUGAGGAGUAAGCCUUCCACACCAGUGGAUUAAUGAGAAGCUCCUACAGUUCAUGCAGACCGAUGCUGAAUUUUGCUUUCUGAAGGUAGUCAAGCGUUUAAAACGUCCAUGGACGGGACCAGUGAAAGCAAGCUGCAGAGAUGACCAUGCUUGUGGCGUUAGGUCAUAAAGACUUAAUUGAAUGUUGGUGUUUCAGCAAUGCAGGCAAACAAUGUAAAGAGUCCAUUAAUGCUUUAAUCGUCUUGGUGAGCUGCUUAUGUGUCAUUAAUUUAAAAUGGGAACCCACUAUUUCACUUUGGAUCAUUUGUAUGCCGUGUUUGUGUUUAUAAAGGCCGUGUGUGAGGUUGCUGAGUAUUUCUUGCACACAUUAAGGCCCGAUCCCAUUUCUUAUUUUUACCCCUACCCCUUGUUUUCGAGGGUCUCCUUGCCUCUUGGAACUGAGUUACAAGGGGUAGUGGUUGAAAUCUUCCCCUAUGAAAUGGGACCCUUAAAUAUGAAAGAACAUUACUUCAUUAACAGCUACUAG